AUGAGUCUGGGAAUCGUUUCCGGUAUAAUGGGGCUCGCCAAAACAGCCAACGUACUCCUCAUGGCCAAAAUGGAUUUCACCUACGAGGUUAGGAAUCUCAUUAUCUGGACGGCGGCAGAAAUAGCCAGUCUCAUCAUGGCUGCCAGCGUGCCAUUCAUCCGUCUUUUUGUGAAGGGCAAGCUCGCCACGUCAAGGUCGCAUAGCAGCGGAGCUCAAGGACUAAACGAGCAGCCACAAGAAAAAUCAGCCAUGUCCAGCAUGCCCACUACGGUUGGAUCUAGUCGACCGGAUUGGCGAGCACAGUCUGGAGACUCUGGCUUACUGGAUGAUAGUCAGCCGGAGACGGCUCGCAUGCAACCAAUUUCCUUGUACUGGGUGGGCCAACGCUGGAAGCUGGGUGGGCGUACUGUAGAAGCUGGGUGGGCGUACGCUGACUCCUCGGCCGGCAGUGAGCUCUGCCAGGUUACGGUGCAUUACACACAUCCUGGCCAGAAUGACACCGUCAACGUAUUGAUCGGCCUACCUCUGCUCGCGGCUGACUGGAACGAGCGCUUCCAGAUGGUCGGCGGCGGCGGGUGGGGCACCAGCUAUCCAAACAACAUGUUCGCAGCGGUCGCGGAGGGCUACUCCUCGGUAGCCACAGACGGUGGCCACGACAAUAACGCGCCGGUGGCUGAUUGGGGUCUAGUCAGCGAAGGCAACGUCAACUGGCCAUUGUUAUGGAACUUCGCUGUGGACGCAUUGGACGAAGGAGCAUCCCUGGGCAAGCUAGCUAUCGAGCUGUAUUAUGGCACGCCUCCAAAGUACUCUUAUUAUAAUGGCUGUUCAACCGGUGGUCGCCAGGGACAUAUCAUGGCUCAGCAGCACCCUGAACAAUUUGACGGAAUCCUGGCUGGAGCCCCUGCGAUCAACUGGCAGCGCUUCAUCGUACAAGAGUACUGGGGGCCCCUUAUGGCAAACCUUCUUGACACCAUACCUCCUGCGUGCGUGCUGGACGCCUUCACUAACGCCGCGAUCAAUGCAUGCGAUGGAUUAGAUGGCGUCGAAGAUGGAAUUAUUGCAUUUCCAGAACAGUGCGAAUUCGACGCGGAGUCCAUAGUUAACUCCACUAUCAACUGCACUGAGCCAAGCGGAUCCGUUGUUAUCACAGCGAAGCACGCCGAGCUAGUCAACGCUAUAUGGCAAGGACCGACAUCCGUGGAGGGUAAAUUUGAGUGGUACGGAAUGGCGAAAGACGCUUCUUUGCUCAGACUCCUGAACACAACGUGCGAUACCGCGGAUAACUGCACGGUCGUCCCUUUUCCCAUCGCCGCGGACUGGCUCAAAGUGUUUGUAGCGAAGAACACGUCGCUGGAUCUAAGUAGCUUAAGCAGGGCGGACUAUGAUAAGCUGUACCGCGCAUCCGUUGCGCAGUACUCCUCCGUCAUUGGAACGGACAAUCCCGACUUGACUGACCUGCAAAAUGCGGGAACUAAACUGCUCACCUGGCACGGCAUGGCAGACCAACUCAUCACUUACCACGGAACGGUCGACUAUUACGACCGAGCGACAGAGUUUAAUCCAAACAUCACGGAUUACUACCGAUUCUUCCUCGCGCCCGGAGUAGAGCAUUGUGGUCUGGGCCCAGGUCUCGACCCUCACCUUACCAUCUUCGAUGCCCUACUCGCUUGGGUUGAGAAUGGCACAGCCCCUGACACCAUACCCGCUACAGGACCGGCUGUUGGUGAUACGAAUGCCACUAGAGAAGUCGGUUUAUGCCUGUAUCCUCGGCAGCUCACCUUUGUCGGUUCGGACCCCAAUGACGCGACCUCCUUCACGUGUCAAUAA